CGCUAGUUUGUAGUUUCUGGUUUCUUCGUUUCUUCCUUCCUUUGGAGUGGUCGUUUACUGUGCUGUGCGUGCCUCGUGUGCUGAAAUGUUGGUGUUGCAUGCAGUUUUGUGAACAUUUCUCUUGCAAUUUCAGGAUGGUUGCCAAAGAUCACGAAAAGUCUAAUCAUAGGCCAGACCUCUUUUAUAGUAUAAACGAGAGACCCGUAGAUGAUAUUUCCUUGGACUUCUUUUACAAACCGCACACAAUUACUUUGCUGACUUUUUGUAUAGGUCUGCUGCUUUAUUUCGCGUUUACCCGAGAUGAUGACCAACUAGAAGAUAACAUCUGGAGUGGUAUCUGUUGUGUAGUCUUCUUCUUCCUCAUCAUCAGCAUUUUAGCUUUUCCAAAUGGACCUUUCACCCGACCACAUCCAGCAAUAUGGAGGAUGGUGUUUGGUCUCAGUGUGCUCUACCUAAUGGGCCUGCUCUUCAUCCUCUUCCAGAACUACAAAACUGUCAAGUCUCUCAUGUUUUGGUUCUCCCCAGACCUGCGUUCUUUUCAUAUUGACUCUGAAAAGGAGUAUGGAGUCAACUGCUCGGACGUGUCAUGGGAGCGUGUAUGGAGUCAUGUGGAUGUGUUUGCAUUUGGACACCUGUUCGGCUGGGCAAUGAAGGCAAUGCUAGUACGCCACUAUGGUAUCUGCUGGACUAUCAGCUUCACCUGGGAGAUAACAGAGAUGGCAUUUGCUCAUCUCCUGCCAAACUUUGUGGAGUGCUGGUGGGAUGCUCUUGUACUGGAUGUGCUGCUAUGUAAUGGCCUGGGUAUCUGGCUUGGCAUGGCUAUCUGUAGGAAGCUGGAGAUGCGCACCUACGAGUGGGAAAGCAUCAAAGAUAUCCAAAGCACAACAGGGAAGAUACGACGUGCUGUCUUGCAAUUCACUCCAGCCAGUUGGACGCAUGUGCGCUGGCUUGAUCCCCAUUGCACUUACAUGCGUUUCCUGGCUGUGGCCGAACUGGUGGUCUUUUGGCAGGUGACUGAACUCAACACCUUUUUCUUGAAGCAUAUUUUUGAAGUUCCUCCAGACCAUUCCCUUAGCGUGGCACGCCUCAUACUGGUUGGUCUCAUCGUGGCACCAUCACUCAGGCAAUACUACAGCUAUGUGACUGACACACGAUGCAAACGAGUAGGAACGCAAUGCUGGGUGUUUGGUUACUCACUGAUUUUUCUCAAGCAGAAGUCUCGAUCAAUCUUGGAGGGCACCUGUAAUUAUAUACUACAGGUAUCGCACAUCAGAAUGGAAGGGGACUGCACAGCGAUCCAUUCACAAAUGUGGAUUGAGGACUCCUGGAUGUUAAAGAUCAUAGGAUAGACAGGAAGCCUAGUGAAACAAUGGAAAGCACUGUUCAUUUCUCGCACUUCUGGCUACCAUUGCUGCUGUGCCUUGGAAAACUAUAGCUUUGUCUCUGGAUAAGCAGAAUUUGCACUGCAGCUCUGCAUGAAUAAAAAAAGAUGCAAAAUCA